AUGCAAUAACUCUAUUUUAUAGAAAAUGAAAGUUACUCUUUAGAUUAAUCCACAUUGCAUAUUCCUUUUUAUGAUGAACUAGAUUUAUAUAGAAAACUAGAAAAUUUAUCCUUUGUGAAGUUAAUUGAAAAAUAACAGGAACUUCAUUUAGGUUUAUAAGAUAAUACCACUUUAUUAACAUUACUAAGAGAUUAAGGAAAAUAUAUAGAUAUUUGUGCCUUAUAAAACCAAAUAAUUGAUUGUAAAAUUAGAAUAAAUAAUACAUUAUAUAAUGAUGACAUCAUUAUAAAUGAAUUAUCCUAUGAUCCAAUCCAUCUACCUUCUAAAUCAUGUCAUAAUGUUUUUGUUAUUGAAGAUGAUUCAUUCCUUAUUCAUUGUCAAAGUUCUAUCAAUAUAUUUUAGUAUUUUAUUUUAAACAAUAAAAGUUUAAUUUUAGAUGAAAUCUUAUUAGAUUUACCCCAUAAUUGCAAAUUUGAUUCAAAAUUUCAAUUUAAUUAUAUCUUUAUUCAUUCUAUAAAUUGUGAAAUAUCAACAAUUUUAUUUAUUGAAAUUAUCAGUAAAAAUUAGAAACCAUAUUUUAAUCAUAAUUAUACAAAAUUGCAUGAAUUAAAUAAUUAUCCAAAAUUACACAAUCUAAUUGAUCUAAAAAUUUGUGAUUCCACAUAAAUACUUUUACUUUUUGAUAUUCUCAUGUAUAUUUUUUACAUAGACGAUUAACAAUUUAUCUCUUACAAUUAUUAAUAUAAAUCAUGGUUUAUUUACUCUGAAACAUCUUGCUUUCCUUAUAUUGUGAAAGGAUCAAUUUAAAUAUCCAUUAAUACAAAUUAUUACAGUCUUAAUGUAGAUAAUAUGAUAAAUAAAGAAUCAUAAUUAAAAAAAAUUUUAAAUUUUAACAAUAUUUUUAUUUUUUUAUAUGAAGAUUACACUGAAAUAAUUUAUGGCAAUCUUUUUAAAUAAUCUAUCUUUAAUGUUAAAUAAAUUAACCCUUUAAAUACAUUACCUUUUUUGGUGACUCUGGAUUAAAACAAUAAUAUUUCAUUAUAUAAAGUUAUAUGUCUUACUAAAGUUAUCAAAUAUGAGAAUUAUCCAUAUGUAGGAAUAUUUUAGAAAAGCUUAUUUGGAUAUUCUGCCAAUUAAGCCCUCUUAUACUAUUAAACCUCUUUUUAUUCCAUAAAUCAACCUAUCAUAAUCCCUAGCAUUUAAGAUAUUAAUAUAACCUAAGAUUAGAUUCAUAAAAAUUCCUUCAUAAUUGAUACCAAUUCGCUAUUUUAAUCAAUUCCUUUCUAUUUGAAUUUAUAGUUUGAUUUCAAUAAUAUACUUAAGGAAUCAAAAAAUGAAAUGAGAAUAACUUAUGAAAAAUUGUUAAGAAUUAAAAAGAUUUUAAAGGUGUUUUCAUUUGAAGUAAACUUUAUUGUAAUUAUCUAUUAAGAUUGGAAUAGUAAAAUUUUUUUUUAUAUUUAAAAUGGCGAUUUCUAAAAAAAUGUUUAUGUCAUGAAGACAAACUCAAAAAUAUCUGUAGAAUCUUUUAGAGAAAAUUUUGAUAAUAUAUUAUUAUUAUUUAUAGGAAGUUAUCAAAUAACUAAAUACGAGAUCCAGAACAAAUAGGAUUUGGUAUAAAUUCAAAAGAUAAUGACUAAAAACAAAAUAAAGGAGUAUAAAAUGGAAGAUAACAAACUAAUAUGUCAUAUGAGUGAUAAUAAUAUUAUUCAAUAUUAAUCUUAAAUUUGGUAUGAUUAUUUUUAAACAUAAAAAAAGGAAAUACGAGAAUUUUGGCUAAAAAAUAAAAAAGAAAAAUAUGAUGAUUUUAGAGUUCCAUAUUUAUACAUUAAUUAUAAAGAAAAUUUAUUAGAAAUUAAACCAUUGGUUUCUUCAUUUAAUAAUAUAAUAUUAUCAGUUAAUGGUUAAAUACUUUAAUCACAUAUUUUUGUACCUAAUAUGAAAAUAUUGUUAAUUGUAUAAAAUGAAGAUGAAAUAUAAUUAAAGAUUUACUUUUUCGGAAUAAAUUAGAUCAGCUUUCUUUAUUAAAUGCCAUUAUACGAAUUUUAAAUAUAAUACCCAAUAAAAAUAAGAUAAUUUGAAAAUUUAUUUGGUAUAAUUACAACUAAAAAUGAAUAAGAUUAUCUUUUUAUUUAUGAUGUAACCUAACAAGGAAGAUCUUGCUUGAGAUAAAUUACGAAGAUGCAACCUGAUUAUAAUGAUUUUGAUCUUAUCGAUGAAACUGGCAUUUAAAUUCAAAUUUUAUCCAAUGCAAUUUUUAUAACAUAUCCAAUUAUCCAGAUUAGUAUAAAGUAAUCAAGAAAAUCAGAUUAUGCUCAAAUAUUAUCAGUUCUUCAAUUUUAAACUCAAUCCUUUAUAGAAUCUAUACCUACUACUUUCAAAAUCAACUUGUAUUUGUAGAAUUUAGAUAAUAAUCUCAGAUUUAAGUUUGGUGUUGAAAAAUAGAUGUUAUUUGUUAACAGUUAGAAUGAAAUCACAAAUAUUGAUUCCAUUUAUGGAAGUAUAAACAAUAUAUAUUUAAGUAAUUCUUGUGAAGGAACUAUAUAAAAACCAAUUCAUAUUAUUCAAACCAAAAAAUAAUAUUGCUGGAUAUUUAAAUAGUAACUUUGCUUAUUGAAUAAUAAACAAUUAAUAUAUGAUUACUUUGCUUAAAAUAGAUAUUUUGAAUUGUAAGAGCAUCAAAUUUUCUUAAAUUAUUUUUUAUCAUCAUAACAAAGAAUUCUCAUCAUUUAUGAUAAAUAAAAUAAUUCAAUUGGUAUUUUCAACAUAUCUAAAAAUGAUUUAAUAGAAUAAAAUUUUAAUGAUUCCAUAUUUUAUAAAGAAUUUGGAAUGAACCAUAUUGAUUCAAAUAUUUACUAAAUAAGUUAAGUUAAUAAUCUGUUGGUGAUUUAUGCAUAGCAAUUUAUUAUGUUAUACUCAUUAAUAGAAAAUAAAUUAUAAUAUACAGGAUAAUGCCAAAUAUAAGGAGAAACUAAAAUAUAAGUUGAAUUUUUACUUAUUUAUGAUUCAUCUUAAAUAUUUCUAAUUUUAGAGACUAAUUAUUAUUUGAAUUUAAUCAUCUGUAGAAAAAUUAUGCGUGAAAUCAUUUAAAUAAAUUUUAAUCCUUUUUUUCAAAUUGUGGCUUUUCAUGUUUUGCAUUCAGAAAUUUAAGAUUAGGAGAUUUAUUUUAGAAUUAUACUAUUUUCAAAUUAAGAUAUAGGGUACAUUUAUGAACUUAAAUUUGAAACUAUAUCUUUUAAGCUUCAAAAAUAAAAAAUGAGUUAAAUUUUAAGAUAUUUUAAUAUCAUUUUUGAAAAUUUCUAAAAAUUGACAGAUACAAUUUUUAUUUUAAAAGGAAAAUCCGAUCAAUCCAUCUCAUAAUCAUCAUCUUAUUUAUAUAAAAUCAAUCGAAAUUCAUCAAAUGAAAUAGAACUAGUUGAUUAUUUUUAUAAAUAUAUAUAAGCUUAUGAAAUCUAGUAUUACAAUGAGACACAUUUUAUCUAAAUAGAAUAACCUACAGAACAACCAAUUAUAUCGCUUAUUUCAAUUAAUUAUUAUAAAGUAUUUGCACAAAAUCGAUGUAGCAUAGUUUUACAAAAUGAUGUAUCAAAAUUCGAUUCAAUAAUAAUUAAAGAGGAAAAUAUUCUCAUCAAAACUUAAACAACAUUAUAUUUAGUGAUAAUUAAUUUUCUACUAAUUAUUUUUUUCAAUAAGAAAAACAAAAAACAAAGUUUCCUUCAUCUUUAAAGAUUAUGA